UCCAUAUGGGGGAGCUGCUGAGUUGCUUUCACCAGAGAAAGCUCCUGGUUGUUCUCCAAUGUGGCUGUAUUUUCCUUUUGUGUAUGCAUUUUUCUCUUGGGCGGAAAUAUUGUUGUUACCCAUCUGAAUGCACUGAAUCCUCCUUAGCUUGUUUUCCCUUUGAUGGAAGAAUCCACAGCUUCUCUUAGCACGACCAAAAGAGAAUCCCUGAAAAUAUGAACUUGGCAACAUUCACAAAAUCUUGGAUACUUUGGGGUUGUGCUGCCAUUAGAAAAACUGGCUUCACUCUGAGGGGAAAUGCUUCAUCUACAGCAAAGACAAUGCCAAGAACUGAUAUGAGAUUGCCUUCUGGAGGAUCACUAUCAUGAAUCGAUACACAACUAUCAAACAGCUGGGAGAUGGGACAUAUGGCUCUGUCCUCCUAGGAAGAAGUAUUGAAUCAGGAGAGCUGAUUGCCAUUAAGAGAAUGAAGAGGAAAUUUUAUUCCUGGGAGGAAUGCAUGAAUCUUCGUGAAGUCAAGUCCUUGAAGAAACUUAACCAUGCCAACGUAGUGAAACUAAAAGAAGUUAUCAGAGAAAAUGAUAAUCUGUACUUUGUAUUUGAGUAUAUGAAAGAAAACCUUUAUCAGUUAAUGAAAGAAAGGAACAAAUUGUUUCCAGAGUCCACUGUCAGGAAUAUUAUGUAUCAGAUUCUUCAAGGCCUUGCAUUCAUACAUAAACACGGUUUUUUUCAUAGGGACUUAAAACCUGAGAAUCUCCUUUGCAUGGGACCAGAACUCGUGAAAAUAGCAGAUUUUGGGCUUGCACGUGAAAUUAGAUCUAGACCUCCAUAUACAGACUAUGUUUCGACACGGUGGUACAGAGCUCCUGAAGUGCUCUUGAGGUCCACUAACUACAGUUCUCCCAUUGAUAUCUGGGCUGUUGGUUGCAUCAUGGCAGAAGUUUAUACCCUCAGGCCACUCUUUCCCGGGAGCAGUGAAAUUGAUACUAUUUUCAAAAUUUGCCAAGUGCUGGGAACGCCGAAAAAGAAUGAUUGGCCCGAAGGCUACCAGCUCGCAGGCACCAUGCAUUUCCGGUGGCCCCAGUGUGUACCAAAUAACCUAAAGACCCUCAUCCCUAAUGCCAGCAGUGAGGCCAUCCAGCUCAUGAGAGACAUGCUGCAAUGGGACCCCAAAAAGCGGCCAACUGCCAGUCAGGCACUUCGAUAUCCUUACUUCCAAGUUGGCCACGCUCUGGGCCCUUCUCAGUGUAUUCGGGAGCUGGGAAAGCAGCAGCGAGACCUUCUUGACAAAGGCCAAAGCCACCUUAAGCCCGUUCCACCAGCAGCACCCCCAUCUAAAGCACAAAGUGGCCUCUCAUUGAGACCAUGUCUGCAGAGCCAUUCCUCCCAAUCCCUGACCUACCCACACAAAGCAGACACAUCAGCAACGGACCUCUUAAAGGAAGCCAAGCCAAGUCAGGUAGUCUUCCCAGAAAUUCACGCCAAGCUUUCUCUACAGAGAACCUCCAUUGCCACAGAAGAAGCCAAUGGUGAUCUCAAACCAAAGAACCAACAUAAAUGGGGCCACAUUAUUGGAACACUAAAAAGUUCUGAGGAGUGGGAUCCUGUGGAAGAGAGUGCUAGGAAGUCUUCCCUCAGCGGAACGGAUUUUAAAAACAAAGGGCAGGGUGAUGAUGCUCUUUGUAGAUUUGAAAGUAUUUUGGAUCUGAAUCCUUCAGCCUGCAUAGGGACGGGAAACAGCGCACCUUCCUACCUUCAACAGGACAUGCCAACAUGCCAAGUUUCUGCAGCCAAACAACAUUACUUGAAACAUUCUAGGUAUUUACCUGGAAUAAGUCCAAGAAAUAAUUUGGUAUCUAGCUCAAGCAAAGAUUCUGUCCUACCAAAUCCAUGGCCAAGUUCUAGUUUGCCUAGAAAGACGUCAGCAACAGCAGGCGGGAUCACCAGGCUGAAUACCAAUUGCACAGGAUCAAGUGGCCUACUGGGUGCUUAUGUCCCUUCCUUUCUGAAAAAAGAAGUUGGCUCUGCUGGCCAGAGAGUGCAGUUGGCACCAAUUCUUGAUCCGUCUCCUGCAGAUUCAUCUUCUCAAUACAGUUCCAUGAAGACUAUCAGAGCUCAUAUUGUGAGGCCAUCAUUUAACAUGUCUGUGAAAAGCACACCUGGUUUGCUGCCGGCCCCACCUCCUGUUCAACCAGUGCAUGGAAGGAUUGACUGGUCUUCAAAAUAUGCUGCUCACCGCUGAAUGAUGGGAUUGGAGCAUGCGUUCCAUGACACUGGCUAAACAUCCAGUCUCCUCCUGUCCGUAUUUUCUAUGACCGAGACAUUUCAGGACCUUUUAAUAGAAUUUACUUUUUAGUUGUAUGUAUUUGAAUGCAAAGUUGUGUAACUUUUGUAUUGUUCUUAUUUUAUGAUUGAGGCAUUUAUUUUCAUAGGACCAAUGCACAUUUGUAUAUUAGCAUAGAAUUGUGGAAAUUUUUUUCUUGUUCUGGGGGCUUUUUUAAAUAACUUUUUAAAUUCACAUUUUCAGAAAGAAAAGGAUUUUUUCUUUUCUUUUUUGACCACAUUUUAUAUAAACGAAUAAAUGUAGCAAUAAGGCAGUAUUUAAUAUAAUUAAGAUACGGUUCAUACUAUAACGACAUUUACCAAAUAUUCUAUAAGUUAAGUUUCUGAAUACGGUAUGCUGGGCAAAUAACCCACGGAGUAGCUACAUUCUUCUCUAAUUCCAUAAUAGAAUAGCCACAGUGAUGGUACAACCUUCACUUUUCUGUAGUAAAACAUGAGAUGGGCAUUUUGUUUUCAGAUGACUAGGAAUUAUUAGAGUCAGUGUAUAGAAACAGCAGAGCACAAUCUUGACCCCCAGUUGUAUAAUUUUAGGAUAUAGAUGGUAAAAUGUACUUUUGGCAGGAAAAGAGGCAUUUUCUUUAAUUAUAUUCUGAACAGUAUUUGGUCAGAGUAUCAUACCUCUAUGGAAUUCUAAAGUUAUUGGUUGAUAUAAUUCACCAUAAGCGUUACAACAUAGGUCUGCUUAUUGUUAAUGACAGUGAAAUAUUAGCGUAGUCAUGUACUAGGAUGGUCACAUUUAAACCCCAUGCCAUUUCAUACUUAACACUAGCCUUGUUUCACAGUGAAAACUAAAUUUAUUAUAGGGGAUCCUGCUUCAGUUGCGAGCAAUAUGUUUUGUAGGGUAGUAAGUCUUGGAAACUAUUUAAAGCAAUAUUAAAUAUGACAAAGCUGGGUUUGUAGAGUAAUAUAAUGAAGUAUAAAGUAUUAAAAUAAGUACCAGCGGCAGCAUCAGAGUUGAAGAUUUUUAUAUAUUCAUAGCCUACAUUUUAUUUUUAACUCCUUAGCUUCUCUUUUGCCCAAAUGCAAUUUUGUUGCUUCAGUACAAAGUGAGUAGAAAAAUUUUCUUUCAUAUAAUUAAAGGCUUACUUUAGGAAUAAGUUGAAAUUGCUGAUUUUUAGAGUAUUUAGAAGUAAAUUUCAUCCCUUCUAGAAAUCAACAUAGGGGGUUGGUGGGAUUUUUUUGUUUUGUUUGUUUUUUGAACACCAGAAGUGGAAAUCUUGGAGCUUUGGGAUGGAAAAAGGUAAUAAAACGUAAGUGCAUUUUUUUAAAGAAAAAAAUCCAGAUGUUGAAAUUCAGUGGCCCUCUCUCUUCUUAUGCUGAAAAAAAAAAAGAGGAAGAAUUAAACUUUAUGCAUGUCAAUUCACAGAGAAGGCUGGAGGUUGCAUCUUCUCAGGGACAAAUAAUAAUCCCAAAUAAGCAUUCCAGUUAAGUCUUGGAUGUAGCAUCCAUAUCUCUUCUGUAGUGCUGUUUUCUAGACCCCUCAGUUUGUUGCAUGCUAUUUACUUCUUCUCUUUUUCAUAAAACUGACACUGUAGAUAGAAAAGCUACAUGUUAAGUUCUCCCUAUUAAGACAACUAGUUCAAUAUCUAAUCAAGUAUCUGUCUUUUGUGCUGGAUCUGAAAACACCAGAUUAAAGCUGGAAAACAGCACUCCUUUGUAUGCACACCUUGUUGCAUACCUUCUUCCUCAUUGGUUGCAGCAGAGUUUUCCUCUCUGGUGCUGCUCAACUGGUGAGAAGUGACAAUGUAGCAGAACUGUCAAUAUAAAUCAGAAUUGUUCAAUUGCAGUUGAUUGCUAAAGAUAACAAUGUCGAAAGCAACAGAAGUGCCUUGGAAAAUAACAUUUUCAACAAGGCUAGUCCAAUAUUAUCCUAAGAGAGCAGGAUUAUUAUUUUUUGCUCCAGAAACGGAUGUGCUAUACAUAAAUUGAUCAGCAUUUAUGCUGAAGACAAAAAUAUGCAAACUCCUCUAGCCAUCUUCACUGGUAUUAGAUUUUAUGCUUGUUCUAGGUUGUAAAAAAAUCUGCAAUAUUUAAAAAUAUCUCAUUGUCUAAAUUGAAAUUAUAUACCAGCUACAUUUGGCUAUUAGUUCUAUCGAGAAACUACGAAAUAAUAUAAUCAUAUAGUGGAAUAUGCACAAAAGCAAUCUAUUCCGCUAUAGUCCUCCAUAGUUCUUCUUUCUGUCUGGAAGGAAGUAACCUAGAAAGGAAAAUAAAAAUCAGAGCCAUUUUUUUAAAUUAUAUCAAAAAUGUGAGAUGAUUUAAGAAGUAUGCAUGCCUAAUUAGUGGUCAAAUUAGAUUUGUACCAGAUAAAAACUGCAAACUCAUUCAUAUACUCAUGCAGCAUAUCAGAACUUGAAAGAUAAAUACUCCCUCUCCUAUUUUAAAGUAAUGCAAACCUAUCUAUUUUUCAUUUAUUUAAACCAUCCUUAAUAUAUUUACUCAUUGUAAUACAUUCCUGGGAAGUUACUUACGAGUAAACAAAGUUUCUGUCAUCCUAUUGAGCAAUACUUAUAACAUUUGUUGAGGAUAUAAAGAUAAUUCUAUUAAUACUUUUGUCAAUACGAAUUUAUCAGUGUUGAAUGAGGUUACUAUAUUGCCAUCAGAAAUCUAUGGCUUGCAGAUCAUUGCAGCCAUAGAAAGCUUUAGGUAUUUUUUAAAAUAAAAGUAUUGUGCACUGUGGUUGAGAACAGUAGGUAUAGAAAGUAUUAAAAUUUAAUUUGAAUAAGCAGGUGUAUCUGACAAAUGAAAAUUGUCCAUUUUUUCCUCCUUUGUAUUUGUGCUUCUUUUCUAUCUCAGUCCUUUCCAAAAUAAAAUUAUUUAAACAUU